UCGGCUGUCUUUUCUCAACAACACGGCCGUCCAGCGCCUCCGCCCACCUCCAAUGUUUUCGUCGUCACAUCCCUGCUGUUCACGGAGGGAAUGUCGGCUGUGCGCGGGUUAAAAAUAACCCCAUCGUCUCCUCUUCUCCUGGUGGACGCUUGUCUCUGGGUCACUCGCAGCAUUCAGUGGCUUCACUGGUUAGCAGUAGGAACAUGCGAAGAUGGCCACGGAUCUGGGAGAGCUGCUGGUGCCGUACAUGCCCACCAUACGGGUGCCGAGAUCAGGAGACAGAGUGUACAAGAGCGAGUGCGCCUUUUCUUUCGACUCUCCGGAAUCAGAAGGUGGGUUGUAUGUGUGUAUGAACACAUUCCUGGGCUUCGGAAGAGAACACGUGGAGAGACAUUACCGCAAAACUGGACAGAGUGUGUACAUGCACUUAAAACGUAAUGUGAAGGAGAAAGCUACAGGUGCUGCUGGGGGUGCUGUGCCAAGAAGACGGAAUGGAAAAAUAUUUUUAGAUUUAGAACUUAACCGUGACUUUAACGGGGAUGAUUAUGAAUAUGAAGAUGAAGCCAAGCUUGUCAUAUUCCCAGACCACUAUGAGAUCCCUUUACCAAAUAUCGAGGAGUUGCCUGCCCUGGUGACAAUUGCUUGUGAUGCUGUACUUAAUGCUGCUUCAGCAUACAAAAAGCAAGAGCAAGAUUCAUGGGAGGAGGAGCUUCAAGUGUCCAAGCAUGCCAGAGGUCUCAGACAACAAGAGAACCGGGGUCGGAUUCCUCCAAGUGGCUGGAAGUGUGCCAAGUGUGAAAUGCGAGAGAACCUGUGGCUGAACCUGACAGAUGGCUCGGUCCUCUGUGGGAAAUGGUUCUUCGAUGGAAGUGGCGGGAACGGACAUGCCCUCGAGCACUACAAAGAAACCAAGUUCCCACUAGCAGUCAAGUUAGACACCAUCACCCCAGAUGGAGCAGAUGUUUACUCCUUCGAUGAAGAAGAGGCGGUACUUGACCCUCACAUAUCAGAACACUUGGCACACUUUGGAAUAGACAUGCUAAAGAUGCAAAGGACAGAGAACGGCCACCACACAGACAACCACGUGCAGCCUCAAGCCACUGAGUGGGAGGUUAUUCAGGAAUCUGGCCUUAAGCUGAAGGCAGUCUAUGGUUCAGGGUACACAGGCAUCAGAAACCUGGGCAACAGCUGCUACCUCAGCACCACUAUGCAAGUGCUCUUCAGUAUCCCUGAGUUCCAGAGAGCGUAUGUUGGUAAUCUACAGAGAAUAUUUGACUACUCACCCCUUGAUCCUACCCAAGACUUCAGCACACAGAUGGCCAAACUGGGUCAUGGACUACUUUCAGGCCUGUAUUCCAAACCACCAUUCAAAUCAGAACUCAUUGAACAGGUGAUGAAAGAAGAACAUAAGCACCAGCACAGAGGGAUUUCCGCCAGAAUGUUCAAGGCUCUUGUCAGCAAAGGCCACCCGGAGUUCUCCUCAAACAGACAACAAGACGCCCAAGAAUUCUUCCUGCAUUUUAUCAACCUGGUAGAAAGGAAUAGUGCUGGCUCAGAGAACCCCAGCGACGUGUUCCGCUUCAUUGUGGAGGAGCGUGUACAGUGCUGCCAGUCCCAGAAAGUACGCUACACACAAAGAGUGGACUACCUUAUGCAGCUUCCUGUCCCCAUAGAGGCCGCCACCAACAGAGAAGAGCUUAUAGCAUAUGAAAUUAAGCGGAAGGAUGCUGAAGAAAACUUACAUGCUCCUCCUGAUCCAGUGAGGGCCCGCAUUCCCUUCACCGCCUGCCUACAAGCCUUUAAUGAGCCUGAGAACGUUCCGGACUUCUGGAGCUCGGCACUGCAGGCCAAGUCAGCUGGAGUAAAGACUUCUCGUUUUGCAUCUUUUCCUGACUACAUGGUUGUACAGCUGAAAAAGUUCACAUUUGGAGUGGACUGGGUUCCUAAAAAGUUAGAUAUUUCUGUAGACAUGCCUGACUUUAUGGACUUGAAUUGGCUCCGAGCUACAGGGCUACAAGCGAGUGAAGAAGAGCUCCCUGACCUUACACCUCCUAUUGUCAUUCCUGAGGACACAAGAGAGAACUCAGUAAAUAAUUCUUUGGAAUCUCCGGAAAUAGAUGAGGCCUCUGUGAUGCAGUUGGCAGAAAUGGGCUUCCCUCUGGAGGCCUGCCGGAAGGCCGUGUACUACACUGGGAACAUGGGAGCUGAAAUGGCCUUUAAUUGGAUCAUUGCUCACAUGGAGGAGCCAGACUUUGCCGAGCCCCUUGCAAUUCCUUCAUACAUGGAGGCAGACCUUCCCAGUGCCAGCUUUCCUACUGCCACCCCUCUGGAUAACCAGCCUCCUGAAGAAAGCAUCUCCAUCCUCACCUCCAUGGGCUUUCCCAGACAUCACACCAUUCGAGCCCUGAAAGCCACGAAUAAUAACCUGGAGCGGGCUUUAGAUUGGAUCUUUACACACCCAGAGAGUGAGGAGGAGAGCGAGCCUAUGUCUGACAUGGCAGACACAGAGCCCAACGAUAUGAGUUUCUCAAAUGCCAACACACACAGUGACUCAACACUGUCCCCGGAGCAGGAAAUGUGUAGUCCACGUGUACGAGAUGGCCCUGGACGUUAUGAACUCUUUGCCUUCAUAAGUCACAUGGGAACAUCAACUAUGUCAGGUCAUUAUGUAUGUCAUAUCAAAAAGGAAGGAAGAUGGGUCAUUUACAAUGAUCAUAGAGUCUGUUUGUCGGAAAAGCCUCCAAAAGACUUGGGUUAUAUUUACUUUUACCGGCGCCUGCCCAGCUGCUAGAUUUGGACCUUAGGGAGUAGAACCUCACUGCCUACACGUCACAGAAGAGGAGGAGGAUAUAACUGACAAUGCUGGAAACCUGGGAGGUGUUCACACUGUAGAGAAGGAGAAAAUUCAUCUCAAACCCUGCAAAGACCUGCAAAGAAAAGGCUCAACCAGUCAGGCACGGUCAAAUGGACGGAACUGAAUGUGUGUAAUAAUCUGUUCGUUUGAUCAUUGUUGGUUUGCUGAGGUUAUGUACUGUACUGGGGAUACUGAGCGAUGUGUGCCAUUUAAAAUAUGAUACAGAAUAAUGUUCUAAUAUAUAUACACCCAAAUUUGUUUUCUCUUUCAAUGCCUUGAGCAAAACUCUAUGCCAGUAUUUUCAAGCGAUAUCUUCUUUUUGAAAAUCAUGCAAACCAGCUCUGAUUUGAUCCAAGUUCGAUUGAUGUUCUUGGAAUUACAUUUUGAAAGAGCACCGGAACACAUUAGUGUGUUAAAAACAUUUGUAGGUUCACUGAAAUUUACGAAGUAAAGUGGAAUUUAGGUAACGUAAUAUUAUGCACAAAUACGCACAAUCUGUUAAAGUAUUGUGCAAAGCAAAAAUAAUUGUAAAGUUUAAAAGCAUCCAUUUUGGGAAAAAGUUUGUUUUUGUAGGAAUUAAAUAUGCACUGUUACAGUAUCUUUAUAUAUCCUUGAUCUUUUGGGGGAAAAAUGUUCAGUCUUGUAAAACUUCAGCACAACAUAAUUACAAUACAUUAUUAUGUAUGUUUAAACCAUUUGUCAGUAUAACAAGACAAGAAUAAAGUACCAAUGAUUUGUUUUGUGCAAUAGAUACGUGCUUUAUACUCAUUACCCUGUCCAGGUUCUCUGACUACGCAGGUCUGAUUCACCAAUGUUUUUCUUCUCAAACACGUUCACAGACCAUUCGUAUCCAAUAAAUAAGCAAUAUAUACAUUGACUAGUGGAUUCAACUUUCUAACAUCAUAUGCAGCAUCUUACAUCAAACUUGGAUCUCAGAUCCUUGGGUGAUGUGAAUGUGGAAUUUACUCUGUACGGUGCUCAAUAAUACCAAAUUUUCAUCUUUUACAGUUUUAGGUUUUUCACGGAACGCCACCCCCCACCCUUUUAAUUAAUAAUCAUAGAUUAAUGCAUAUGAGAAAGUGAUAUUUCUCUUGUUUUACACCAUCUACUCACCCACUUUGUUUCUUGGACUAGACAAACCAUUAUUUCUUGACUGUUUUAAUAUUCCAGUGUUGGUUUCUUGUUUUUCUCACUUUCUCUCUCUUCUCUUUCAAACUACAUCUUAAGAGUUAAUCAAAACGUCAUACACUAUGGCUGCAUUCUACCUGUCUGCCUUUGUUCUUUUCAGAGUGUGAAAGACGAUGCUUCGAACACCUCCUUCUUAAGCAAGCCUUCGUAUUAUCAGCUUGCACGCUACAGUCCAAAAUGUGCAAGUUAGCCAUUCGAUAUUUUGAAAUGUAUAAUAGAACUUAUGUGGUUCAUCUGUUUCUUCAUGUUUUUCAAGGAACUGAAUGUCAAAUGGUACAAAGAUUUUAUUGAAUUAUUUUCUUUUUGCAAAUGAGUGUGCCAAUCCUAUAGUUAUGCAUAUUUACACACCGUUCUUUUGUAAUGGAUCUUCCUAUCCUAAUACUGCAUACAACAUUAUGAGGGCAAAUGAGUUCAUGAGAACUAUCUGUCCAAUAACACUAUUGACUGGACUAUUAAAUAAACCAAAUCACAUGA